GUGAAUUUUCUACAAUCGUUAGAAUUAAUAAAAAAAAACGCUUAAUUAUUUAAAUAAUUAAGUGGAAAUAACAUUUCGUAAUAAAUUUCGCCAGGUAACUUAGAUGUGUAAUAAUCAUAGAUUCAAAAGUCCUCAGGGCGUCUUCUCUCGCGAAUCUCGACCGAGAUAAAUGGAAGGAGGGAAGGAAGGCCUUUGGCAUGCAGGGGGAAACUAAUUGUUAUUGUUACUAGCUGAUGCGUGUGAAUCAAAUAGCUUAGAGAUGUAUUUCUUAAUAAAACUGUUUAUUGUAGGAGACAUGACGUCUCGUACGAGUAGUUUGUUUGUUUCUUUUAAGAUGUGUUAUCCUACUACUUCAAAGGAAGACCCCCAGUGCUUAUUGUUGCUUAGGCACAUCAUCAUACUCAGUUAGAAUCUAAUAAGGUUCGGGUGAAUUUCCUCUCUGUCUGGGCUGCUGUUGCAGAGUAGUGGCACACAACGGAACCGGAAUGCCUACUGCCUAUCAUAGCGGUAUAAUGAGGGACCUAUUUUUGGGCCAGCGAGUCGCCAUCUGCCAAUUUUCUUUCAUUUUUAUGCUACAAUGAAAAGCUACUUUUAACAUAAAAAUACCAAUAGUCAGAAUUAGUUCUAUCUCCAUUGUCCCCGUGCAUGCCUGAAAUAAAGUACUGAGUCUUUUCCCAUGAAGUAUCCAUAUUAAUAGAGAUACAAAUAUAUAUAAUCAUUUAUAUUUAUAAUUAUAAUAUUAAUUAAAUAUAAUAUAAUCAAUAAAGGUUAGAGCUUUUACAAUCAACGAAAACGAUUGUUGAAAAUUUACUUGGCUAGUGAUUUGAUGAACUACCCUGAUCAAGACAUUUUCCUGCAGGAAAAAGCCUGGCAACUUGGUUGCUACUGUUGCACAGUUUACAGAAGAUACGUUUUGCUAGCAGGAUGCGCAGUGUUGACAACUCGACAUAUCCUCACCACUGCCACGCCCACAGAACUGGUUCUCAGAACAUAUGAGAAUGAAAAACACUUGGAGAAAAUUCUAGGGGGUUGGUACGAUGUGGACGCAAAUGUAUGGAACAGUUCUUUAUAUAUGUCACCGUCACGCAUUCAUUAUCAUCCAUUGUAUAAAUAUGACUAUGAAAUGAAUGCUUCACAUCCUAUACCAUGCUUGUACGACCUAUCUAUUUGGGCCGCCACGUAUCGAUUUUAUGGAUCACAAUUUUCGUAUUCGGGUGCGGUUAUGUGUUAUCGGGCUGUGUCUGGUUGGGGUGAAUACUCUUCGAGUAUUCCACGAGCUCUUGAUCUAGGCAUGGUGAUCGGAUUUCAAUUUAUGAAGGCCCUCAAACGUAGACCUUUACCGUGGUACAAAUAUGGAGUGAAGACAAAGUCAUACGUUUGGCCAUGUCCUAAGAGCGACUGGCACUGGUUUCACUGCGUGAUGGGGGAAUAUUGGGGAAGGUUUGGUUUUGAUUCCGGUGGCUCUUUACAUCUGAUGAUGGAAGGAAAAUCCAACCGUGUAGACGGAUUCGUCGGGAUGUGCGCCUUUUCACUAAAACUCAGAUCGAAACAAACUACGCAUUAUUUUACAGUAGUAGAUACUCAUCCUGUAUUGGAUUUCUUUUAUGACGCGUAUUUGGGACUUCAGAAAUACAGGUGGCUUGAUUAUAGGUACCAAGACACCAAAUGGGCUUCCCCUAUAGCGUGGUGGGGGGAACAUAUUCCACAUAAUUACUAUUUCGGUUGGGAAUAUUACCAAAAUCCUCUACCAUACUGGUAGGCUUUAUACGGAAACUUUUUCCUGCAUAUAAGUGUAAUGACUAGUGGGUCAUUGUUUUGUGCUACUUGCAAGUAGCAACUAUUUAUAGCUAAUAUUAACCAUAUAACAUAAUACGUAGGGGAGAGUGGGGUAAUUGCGGACGCUGAAGGGAAAUAACGCACAAAAUGUGUCAGAAAUAAUAAGUCCGUCUUUAUUAAUUAUUUGUCUACAAAAACAACUGAUAAUGAAUAAUAAAUACUUAUUAAACAAAAUCAAUCAACAUUUUUAGUAAAAGAAAAACCUCGUCUGUCCGUUAUUACCCGCUUGGGGUAAAUUUGGACUGGCCCUGAGUUAAUUUCCUUAUAUUUUUCCGAGGGACCUCAAAAUGAGUAGUUAAUGAACCUGCCUACCUGACUGUUAGAAUGGUCCAGGAUAUUAUUAUAAGGACAAAAUUAUUGUAUCAAAUAAAGAAUAAAAUAAAUGGUUAUUCUUUAACAAUUAUCUUUUACAUUCAAUCUUACGUAGAGACCUCCUUUUAAUUAAGCAUAUAACUGUGUUAGGAGGCCCCGCUCUUCAAACAAUAAGGAAACU